AUGAGUCAGCCAGGGCCCCCCGCCAGCCGGUGGAUUUUCACCUCCCCCCGUGAGGCCCCGGGAUCUGAUCGGCUUCUGAGAGCCUUGUUUUUCUUUUUCGUCUCUCGCUCCCUCAACAUUCUCCUAGCACCACCAUCUGUCCUGUUAGGGAUUCAAUUCACCACCAACUAUGGAGGCAAUGCUUCAGCAGUCCCGGGCUAUGUGCCCCUUCUCAAGCGCACCGCGCCCACGACUCUGCGUACGCUGUCGAGCGCCGCCCACCCCAGUACCGGCGGUGGCACCAUGUCCAACCUCCAGGUCGUUGCUCGCCGAUGCCCCGUCAUGAGCAAGGCCUUGGCCGUGCAGUCCGCUCGCAUGUCCGGCCUGAAGCGCUUCUCGACCAGCGCUGCCGCGACUGCGCCAAUGCGCCCCAUGGGCCGGCGCGCGUUGCACACGACCGGGGGUCAUCCCGCCAGUGUCGCCCCCGGCACCUAUGAGAAGACCGAGCAAGGUAACACCCAACCUGAUGCCUGA